UGGAGGAGAGGAGAAUGGUGUAAGCUGCCUUGCGUCUCCAUUGGGAAGACACACAGGAUCCUUGAGCGAAAACAGCCAGGUGGGGAGAUCAUCGAGCUGACCGCAGAGGGACGGCCAGUAGAGGUGUCCGAGAAGCACCAGCCGGUGGUUGACUGCACAUGCUUUGGCCUCCCCCGCCGCUACAUCAUCGCCAUCCUCUGCGGCUUGGGCUUUUGCAUCAGCUUUGGCAUCCGCUGCAACCUGGGCGUGGCCAUCGUCAGCAUGGUCAACAAUAAUACCGUCUAUCAUGGGAACAAAGUCGUUAUGCAGAAAGCUGAGUUCAGCUGGGAUCCAGAGACAGUGGGCAUGAUUCAUGGGUCCUUCUUCUGGGGUUACAUUGUCACCCAGAUCCCCGGCGGAUUCAUAGCACAGAAAUUUGCAGCUAACAGGGUCUUUGGCUUUGCUAUCGUGGCAACGUCCACCCUGAAUAUGCUCAUCCCAUCAGCUGCCCGAGUCCACUACGGCUGUGUCAUCUUUGUGAGGAUCCUGCAAGGCCUUGUGGAGGGGGUCACAUACCCAGCAUGCCAUGGUAUCUGGAGCAAAUGGGCGCCCCCAUUGGAACGUAGCCGCCUGGCAACAACGGCCUUCUGCGGGUCCUAUGCGGGGGCUGUGGUGGCCAUGCCCCUGGCUGGGAUUCUAGUCCAGUAUACUGGGUGGAGCUCUGUGUUUUAUGUUUACGGCAGUUUUGGUAUCUUCUGGUACAUAUUUUGGCUGCUGGUUUCCUACGAAAGUCCUGCACAGCACCCGACCAUCUCAGAAGAAGAGAGGAAAUACAUCGAAGAAACCAUUGGUGAAGGCUGCAGUCUUAUGAAUCCACUUGUGAAAUUCAAAGCCCCAUGGCGCAAGUUUUUCACGUCCAUGCCUGUCUAUGCCAUCAUAGUGGCCAAUUUUUGCCGGAGCUGGACCUUCUAUUUGCUCUUAAUCAGCCAACCAGCCUAUUUUGAAGAAGUUUUUGGAUUUGAAAUCAGUAAGGUUGGUAUGCUUUCAGCCUUACCUCACCUGGUCAUGACAAUCAUCGUACCUAUUGGGGGCCAAAUUGCUGACUUUCUGCGAUCACGGAGGAUCAUGUCUACCACAAAUGUCCGCAAGAUGAUGAACUGCGGGGGGUUUGGCAUGGAAGCCACGCUGCUCUUAGUGGUUGGUUAUUCCCAUAGCAAAGGUGUCGCGAUCUCGUUCCUCGUCAUGGCUGUCGGCUUCAGUGGCUUUGCUAUUUCGGGGUUUAAUGUCAACCACUUAGACAUUGCCCCCCGAUAUGCCAGCAUUCUCAUGGGGAUCUCCAAUGGCGUGGGGACCUUGUCAGGGAUGGUGUGCCCGCUCAUCGUUGGAGCUAUGACAAAACACAAGACGCGAGAGGAGUGGCAAUAUGUCUUCCUUAUCGCCUCGAUGGUGCAUUACGGUGGCGUCGUCUUCUAUGGGAUCUUUGCCUCUGGUGAGAAGCAGCCGUGGGCCGAGCCUGAAGAACUGCACGAGGAGAAAUGCGGCUUUAUCAACGAGGACGAACUGGCCGAUGAGGAGGACGAAGCGGCCCGCAUGGCGACGGGAGCAGGCGUCGGGGGAGGCGGUGGCUACGGCGCCACCAAGAGCACCAGUUUUGCCAACGGGGGCUGGACAGCUGAUUGGGACAAAAAGGAAGAAUAUGUACAAGAGCCCGGCAAAGAUCCAUACCUGUAUGGAAAGGCAGGAGAACGGGACUUAUCAUAG